AUGGCCAAACGGAAAGCGAAAGUUCUGGAGGAAUUGGAAGAACCUCGAAGGUCUGGCCGUCGAAUUUCCACCAGGUCUGAGGAGGUUCCUACUGAACCAGCAGCGAAUGCCCCAGCCAAGAAGGCCCAGAAGGAGCCGAAGAGAAAGGCAUCGACGAAGGAAUUGACGAAAGAGAUUGAGCCAAUCGUCAAUGGCAAGAUUGACGAGGAGUCAGACUCGAAACCCACAAAGCAAAAUAGAAAGACAAAGUCCUCGGCCACUGCAAAAGCUAAACCCACCGAGGAUGAUGUUUCAACCGGUCGACAGUACUGGCUCCUGAAGGCGGAACCCGAAUCACGAAUCGAGAAGGGCAAAGAUAUCAAAUUCUCAAUCGAUGAUCUAGCUGCCAAGACAGAGCCAGAGCCCUGGGAUGGCAUUCGGAACUUCGCAGCACGUAACAACCUCCGUGCAAUGAAGAAAGGAGAUCUAGCAUUCUUCUACCACUCAAGUUGCAAAGUCCCCGCCAUAGUCGGCACAAUGGAGAUUGUACAAGAACACACACCUGAUCUAACCGCCCAUGACCCGUCCGCACCAUACUACGACGAAUCAUCCAAGCCCUCGGACCCCAAGUGGUCCGUCGUCCACGUGACGUUCAAGCAGAAACUCAUCACGCCAAUCACGCUCAAAGAGAUGAAAGAAUGGCAGGCCGAGAAAGGACACCCCUUGGAGUCCAUGCAGAUGUUGAAGAUGACGAGAAUGAGUGUCAGUAAGGUCAGCGAAGGAGAGUGGCGAUUUCUGCUCGGUGAAAUGGAGAAGAGGGGAGAUGUAGUUGAGGAGUAA